AUGGCUAUGGAGGUUCUGUACCCGCUCUUCCUCUGCCUCGCCGUGCUCGCCGGCACGGCAGCCUCCGCCCCACCACACUCGCGGUGCCUCGACAACCCACCAGACUUGACGGCGGCCAGGGUCGAGUCCGGAAAGGUCGUCCAUGACUUCGCCGGCUACAAGGCGUAUGUCACCGGCGCCAUCCACUCCGACCGGGCCGUCGUCCUGGCCUCUGACGUCUUCGGAUUCGAAGCGCCGUUGCUGAGGAAGAUAGCAGACAAAGUUGGUGAAGCUGGAUACUAUGUCGUGGUCCCUGAUUUCUUUAAUGGGCAACCUUUAACGGGGACACCAGGUGAAAACCUCACAAAAUGGCUCAAUGAACAUUCUCCGGUAAAAGCUGCUCAAGAUGCCAAACCAAUAUUUGCGACCUUGAGAAAAGAGCAAAAAUUUAGUCUUGGAGUUGGCGGAUACUGUUGGGGUGGAAAGUUCGCAGUGGAGAUAGCGAAAAUGAAUGAGGCGAAGGCAAUUGUCAUCUCCCAUCCUUACUCAGUCAUUGUCGGCGAUAUGAGAGAGGUCAAGUGUCCCAUUGAAAUCCUUGGAGGUGAAAAUGACCCAACUACACCACCAAAGUUCAUAUAUAAGUUCUUGAAUGUCCUUCGUAAAAGAAGUGAUAAGAUACCUUACUUCGGGAAGAUCUUUCCAGGAGUUGCCCAUAGCUUUGCUUGUAGGUACAAUAUCACCAACCCGUUCGAAGUCAAAACCACUGAACAAGCUCUUGCCCUAAUGGUUGGAUGGUUCGAGAAACACCUGAAAUGA